CUGGGAGAGCAAUGUACACCCACAAGGCACACUAUAGACCGGAGUGGCAGCCAUAGACUAGGGACUGGUCUCGGUAGUACAUUUUCGCAGAGGUCUUUUCCAAGAGAGAGGCCGGAUCAGGAGGGUUAUACGGCCGAUAUCGGCCCCGAGACAGAAAUGCCUCAAGACGAAGUAAGCGCUGCAUUCCGGCAGAAUCCGCUGGUGGAUACCGAUUAUACCUUUGCCAAAUCGCCGGACGGUCGAUAUUGGUAUAUGGGACCAUCCUCGUCAUGGUCUUUUUGUCGUCGAGUCCUUGCCCUAAUAGGAAAACACAUGCCCGAAGCGAAUUGUCCGCCUGAUCCAUGGAACUUGGAUGGCGUCGCUUUCAAACUGCAAUGGAAGCCAUUAGGACCGGAUCAGGCUCCCGAGGUUACCAAUCUGCCUCCGCUAGAUUACGCCUUGUUUCUCUUUAACAACGUCAAAUUCUAUUUUGGGCCGCUGUUCUAUCUAAUCGAUGAGUCGGAUUAUGUCCGGAAUCUUCACGAGUUUUACGAGAAUCCUGCGACCAAGGCUAGUGAGUCUAGGCUGUGGUAUGCACAAUACUUGCUCAUUCUCGCAUUCGGAAAGGCUUUCACUGGUCAGACUGCCGCAUCGUGUAGCCCGGCUGGGUGUCAGUAUGCUGCCCGGGCAAUGUCGUUGCUUCCAGGCUUAGGGUUGAAUCCUAGCCCGUUGCUCUCCGUCCAAGCUUUAACGUUGGCUGCUGUUUAUUUUCAGGCUAUUGAUAUGCGAGUAGCAGCUUUCCAACACAUCGGACAAGCACUGCGCUCUUGUGUGAUUGAAGGCUGGCAUCGACACAUGCCCGAGGACGUGGUAGGAGCUCAACAUUCGCAUCGCUGCAACAUCACCUUCUGGGUAGUAUACAUGCUCGACCGAGAAUUUUCAGCCCUGAUAGGCGCCCCAAGCUCGAUACGUGAUGAAGACAUCACGGCCAAGCUGCCGUCACAGACGAGCGACUCUCUGGAUAGCUGGAACAUGACUCUCCAUGUGCGAUUGUCUCGUCUCAUGGCUCGCAUUUUGUCAACUGUUUAUGGCGUGGGCCAAGGAUUCGAUUAUUCGUUAAUGGAAAGCAUGCAAAAUAUUCUCCGUGACUUAGCGGACCUCUCUCGGGACUUGAAUGCGCUGCUAGACACACAUUUCCAAGGGUCUGUGAGCAAGGCGUCGCGAACGGCGAUUUGGUUGAUACUUUCAUAUCAUCAUUGCGCGGUGCUCACGACGCGACCAUUGGUGAUGUGUGCGCUACAUAUGCACAUAGACCAGGUUGGGAGGAAUAGUCUGCGGUCGAUCACUCUCUCGCCUCAGGUAGCGUCUUUCAUGCAGUCCUGUGUGGACUCAGCUCAGAACAUCCUCCGUUUGCUCCGGAUAUUAUGCGACGAGGAUUUGAUGGACGCAUUUCUUCCUUUCCAAUUAGAAGAUGCAUUCUCAUCCGCCUUUGUCCUUCAGCUACUCCGUGCAAUCGCCCCAUGGCUCUUCCCCGAUGAUACCUGGAGCCACGACGUCGAGUGUAUCCUGAACCGGAUGAUAUCGAAAGGAAAUGUGGUAGCGCCAAUGAGAAAAGUGGAGCUCAAUCAAUUGGCGCAGAUAAUGACGCCUUUGACAUCCGGUGCUCUUCAUUUUCAAUCUCCACCACAGCAACAUACUAACAUAAAUGAUGAAGGAGGGAAUACUGAUAAUGUACCUUCUGCAGUUGUUCCUGAUCAAGAAGGAGAAGGAGAGUCUAGCUGGGACUUGUUCAUGGGCAAUCCGAUGGUUGGCCUUGAUCAACGCGAGAUUCUGGAUUUGGCAGCGCGGCUUGAUGUGGAUAGUUUGAUGCAUACAGUAGGUAUAUAAUUUAGUACAUAUUUACACCCACAUCACCCACUUGGUGUACUCAAGUCCGCCUAAUAUGAGGUUGUCGGGUUCGUCGAAUGGAUUAACCAUGGUGAUGUUCAGUUUGGAAUGAUAUCUUGUACUGAGAAUUUGUUUUGUUUUGGUGGAGAACAU